CGUUUAGCGUUCAGUAAUCGCGUGGCUCUAUCUAGUAUUUACUUUUUGCUUGGUGAUAAAAAAAAAUGAAAUAUAAUUUUCAGCUGCAUUCCAGAGCAAUUCACAUAAUAUUUACACCUAUUUAACACUUGAAGUAAUCUCUGGGGAAAAAAAUUAUAUGAAAAUGUUGGAUGGAGUGGGAGAAACCUGAGUAAAGAAAAGCGGCUAGAGCGCAACAAAACUAACGAGAGCUUCAAUAAUAUUGACCAUUUGACUACUAAAAUAAAAUUUUUUAAACACAAACAUAAAAUAUUUUAAUGCAGCUCACUUAAACGCGUGGUGCUGAAUAAGAACAAUAAUGCAGAGAUUUUAUCCAUGGCAGAGAUACUGGAAACUAAAUUUAUUUAUGGCCGGAGAGUACUUAAGGCUGGCGAUAUUUAAUACUGGAGAGCACUAAGCGUUUUAUAACUGAUUAAAAUACAUUUUAAAAUACAAAACUCUUAGAGAGAAUGAGAGCUUUUAUUCAUAAAGGUUGAAGAAUUAACAGUGUGCUGUUAAUGACACGACGAUCGUAGACGAGCGAUCUCUUUAAAAGCUAAUGCUUGAUGUACACAUGUAUAAAUAAAUUAAUUGAAGCUGGAAAAAAAUGUUAACUACGGUUGAUACGGAGCUAUAAUAAUCUUUAUAAAUAAAUAAAAAGUUCGUACAAGAAUUUGAUUUUGAUCGACCAGUUUGUAUAGCAGCUGUAUGCUCUAGUGAUCUGAUCUAAACGAUUUAUUCGGAGAUUGUACCGUUGUUCUUGAUAACAACGCUGAAUUUCGUGCAGAUAUCUUUUCAAAUAAAAAAGUUUUGCGCACAUUAACUUGAUUUUGAUCGUUUAGUUUUUAUGGCAGCUACAUGUUAUAGUAACCCGAUAUUGGCGGUUCCGACAAAUGAGCACCUUCUUACUAAUAAAAGGACAUUUGGAAAAUUUGCAAAUUGAAAAUUUUUCGCAUAUGUACAGACUGACAGGUGGGCAUAUGUUCAGACAUUAUAUAUUUUAUAGGUUUUACAACGUUUUCUUCUGGGAAUUACAAACUUAGUGGCAAACUUAAUAUACUCUGUUAAGAAUAUAGUUAUCUUGAACAUCAUUCUUCGGCCCCACUAUGCUUAAAGCGCGCUAAUCUCAUUACUUAGCAUUUUAGAUCGCAUGUAUGCGGCUCACGCGCUGUUAACAGUGAGCAUUUAACAGUAAGCAUUUAACAGCAGAUGGUCGCUCUUCUCUCGCAGGAGUACUCAGCACUGUUAGCGCUGCCACUGAAAAGCCAACAUUGAAGUCUCGCUAAUAUAAAGGUAUUCGUUGCGGCGACGAAAACCAGUUCACCGUGAGAUAUCGAACAAAUUGCAACACUAGAAAAGAAUUCAAAAUAAUUCUAUUGCAAAAAUAAAAGCACAAAAUGCAAGCGUAUAAAAAAAGCAUGAAAUGAGUGACGCGCGUUAAUCAAGAGCAACAAAUUUAACGCAUAAAAAAUUAAAUUUGGAAAUAAAGUAUGCCCAUUGUGCAUAGAUUGCAAAGAUUUACAAUAAAGUAAUAAAAAAGCAACAUAUAUAAAGUGAAAACUGGCCAAACCGGUUACUGGUUGUUAAAGUGUCCGCGACAAAGGCAAUAAACGUGACUUAUUGCUGGGAACAUAAUAAAAAUAAAAAUUUGAGAAAUUCCCAAAGGCAACUGAAAAAUCCAUAGUGAGUUACUACAUACGUGCAAAAUAGUUGCAAACAAAACUUUCACUAAAAAUUUAAAUUUACAAAAAUUUAAAAAUUUACGAAAAUUUACAAAUAUUUAAUAAUUUACAAAAAUUAAAAAUUUUCCAAAAAUUGUGAAAGCUCAGAAAGCAAAGAACUUGCUGAAAACACUGAGAGAUUAACAACAACAAAAACAGCAACAAAAAUCGAAACGGUGAAGUGACGUUAAAACUGCCAACAGUUUUACAUAAACACACAUCCAAGUAAAGGCAAAAAAUUUAAUUUUUUUGCGCAAUUCUGCUGUUUUCUUAACGGUAUAUGGAAACUAUGACUUCAACACUGCUGCAACAACACGCCACACAGACAGCAACAACCACAGCACAUCAUUUUCAGCACCGCAGCCAUCACCACCACAACCAACAUCAGCACCAUCAUUUGCAUUCGCAUCCCACGACGACGACGACCACACAAGCCGCCGCCGCAGCAACUGUCGCCGCAGCCGCCAUGGCGUGGUCAACUGAGAAAUUACGCUUCUCCUGCGUGGAUAAUAUUGGCUUGAGACAAUUGUGGAAAUUAAUUGCAUUGGAUAGCAGCAGCAAUAGAACCAGUAAUAAUAAUAAUAAUAAUAAUAACAACAACAGCAGUAUCACAACAAAUGGCGCUAAUAUGAACGACUGCGACGCAAUGCAACACAACAAGCACAACAACAAUGUGGAUAAUGUACAACAAAUGCAAGAAAAUUGCCUUAGCAACAAUAACAACCACAACAAUUAUAAUGAGAAAAACGACUUUGAAAACUAUAUGAAUGACUAUUUAAGUCAGCGUGAUAUACUACCGCCCCAUCGCAUGUCAUUAUUGAAAUUUCUGGCCAUUAACGCGCUGGAAUUGAGUGCACCCGCAACGCCGGCGCUGCUGGAACACAAUCAAAAUAAUCAGCAUUUUAACGCCAACGUUAAACCGCCAGGUUGGAUGCAAUUAUCCGGGCACCCAGAAAGCAUUGUCCCCACAACUGCCGGCAUUGUGCGCAAACGCGUCACCAGCAUGACCGACAAUGAGGUGCUCGCCUACAAGCUACUCACACAGGAGCCGCAAACGGCCAAAAUUGUGCCGCAAUUUUACGGCGCACAAGCGGUGAAUGGUGAAAACUUUAUCGAACUACAGGAUCUCUUGACUGGCUUCAAGGAUCCCUGUGUAAUGGAUAUUAAAAUGGGUUGUCGCACUUUCCUCGAAUCGGAAGUUACCAAUAAGACGUUGCGUCCGGAUUUAUAUAAGAAAAUGGUUGCUGUGGAUCUAUUGGCGCCCACAGCCGAAGAGGAGUCUGCGCAAGCUAUUACCAAACUACGCUAUAUGCUUUUCCGCGAAUCGAUGUCAUCAUCACAAUCGAAAGGUUUUCGCAUCGAAGCAUUGCGCCUACGCGGUCGUCCGCCUGUUAAAGAUCUGAAGACAGUACGUAAUAGCGAUCAAAUAACACAAACUAUCGAACAGUUUCUCGGCUCAAAGCGUACGGUGACAAAAGAGCUGAUCAAGCGACUGAAACAUAUGCGCAUGGUUAUGGAGAAAUCAGCAUUCUUUCAGCGACAUGAAGUUGUUGGCUCGAGCAUUUUUAUCGUUUACGAUGACGAUAAGGUAGGCGCUUGGUUAAUCGACUUUGCCAAGUCGCGACCGCUGCCCGCGGGUGUUAAUGUGAAUCAUCGUGCCACAUGGAUACCCGGUAACUGUGAGGAGGGCCUGCUCAAAGGCAUGGAUGAGCUGAUCAAUGCCUUCGAAAAUGUUUAUGCGAGUCAUGGCAGUCGGAAAUGCUUACAAAUAUAAGGAAUUACAUAAUGAAUAAUGCAGCAGUGCUGCAGGCAAUUAGACAAUAGCUGUAAUUACAAUUGGUUGGUUAAAGAAGCGUUGACGUUUCUACUUUCAUAUUAAGGGGGAAAAUAAUAUGAAAACUAAAUUCUACAAAAAUCAUACAUGUAUCUUUCCUAUUCGCGAAAAAUAUCCAUUGUAUAGUUUAAGUUUGUGUUUAUACUGCCAUAAGACUGAUAUGCAUUGCGUGCAUUUAAACGAAAAAAUUUCGCCUCACACAUACACCUAUAUUGCCCUAUUUAUAACUAUUUUAUCGUAUAUUAUUAUUUACUUUAUUUGCUUACGUUUGUAUUUUCCAUAUUGGAAAAAGAAGCCUUAAAGUAAAAAAAAACAAAAACCUCAUAUUCACGUUCUAAAAUCAUUUGCAUAUAUAUUUAAAGAAGAGUCUUUGUCGUCAAAGAAUUUGUUACUAGAUAUGUAUAUAAACCAUCUAAAAGUAUUUCUAGUUAGUUUUCAAAAAUUGUAUAUAGUACUUCAUGUGAACAUUAUUUGUAAACUGCAAUUGUAACAAAAAACAGGAAUUUUGCUUUAGUACACAAGUAAAAAACGAGCAUUAUGUCUAAUUCAUAUGACAGCUGUCAUUUUAUAUGCAAAAAA